CAAUCCAGAUCCCCAAUUCAUCCCUUCUUCUUCUUUUCUCUCCUAAGUUCUAAUCAUGGGAGACAUCUAAAGAUUCUAAACCCCCAAAUUUCACAUAGAGUUUAUAAACAAAUUAACAACACUCUCUUUUUAGUAACAUUUUUCAUCUUAAAUUCAUUACAGCACAAAGGAUUCAAGGUCAAUAAUCGAACGAUUCGAACCCAUCAAUCCAAUCAAUGAUUUCAAGCUACUGGAGUAGAUUAUAAAGUAUUAAAGUAUCAAAACCUUGAAUUCGUCAUGGCUAAAAAGAGCAGGCAAUCCAAAAUCUCUUUUGGUGGUUCAACAUCAAAUACACCAGCAAAAGAUCCAGCUUGGGAGCAUUGUGAGGCAGUAGACCCUGGUAAGCGAAGACAUGUUUUGAAAUGCAAUUAUUGUGGGAUAGACUUUUCCGGUGGUGUUUAUAGAAUUAAAAAUCAUCUUGCACAUACUAGGAAAGCUGUUGGUCCAUGUAAGAAGGUUCCUCCAGAAGUAAAACAAUUCUUUAUUACCUACCUUAAAAAUUUUGAAAACGGUAAAGAAAAGUGUGAAGAAUCAGGUGCUUUGGAUGGUGAAGAUGAGUUAGAGGGUAAAGAGAAGUUGAUGAAAGAUGCUUUUGAUAGAACUAAAACACCAAACACAAUUAAUAGCUAUUACAAGAAGCCAGGAAGAGAUGAUGCUUGUAUAGCUAUAUGUGACUUUUUUUAUGCAAAUGCGGUGCCUUUCAAUGCAGUGAACAACAUAUAUUUUAAGAAAAUGGUAAAUGUUAUAGGAGAGUUUGGAAAAGGGUUGAAGCCUUUGUCCAUGCAUGAAGUCAGAGUCACAAUCUUGAAAAAGAAAGUCGAAUAUGUGCAAGGCACCUUGGCAGAAUACAAGCAAGAGUGGAAGAGAACUGGUUGUACUUUGAUGUCCGAUGGAUGGACAGAUAAGAAACAAAGGUCUAUUACAAACUUUUUGGUGAAUAGUCCACGCGGCACAGUAUUCCUUAAAUCUAUUGAUACGUCUGACAUACAACAUAAUGCACAAAAUUUGUUUGAAUUGCUUGAUGUUGUUGUUGUUGAUCUUGGAGAGGAAAAUGUUGUCCAAGUGAUUAAUGACGGUGCAUUGGCGUAUGCCGUAUGUUAAAGCGGGUGAAUUGUUGAUGGAGAAGAGGAAAAACUUAUAUUGGUAUCCGUGUGCGGCGCAUUGCAUCAAUCUCAUGCUUGAGGACUUCGGAAAUCUUCCUAUGCACCAUGAUGCUGUUGAGAAGGCUAAAUUUGUGUCAACUUAUAUCUAUAAGCGUUCUUUGGUUGUAAAUCUAAUGAGAGAACACGGUAAUGGAAGGGAUCUUACUAGGGCAGGGUCGACAAGAUUUGCUACAAACUACUUGAAUCUGAAAAGCUUUCGUGUUCUGAAAGCCGCACUUAGAAAGAUGUUUACUUCGGAGGCUUGGACAAAAAGCAGGCAUGCCAAAGAAAAGCGUGGAAAGAAGGUACAAGAAAUUAUAUUAGGUGAUGCUAAUUUUUGGCUAUCCAUUAUUAGUUGCUUGAAAAGUGUUACUCCACUUGUGAAAGUCUUGAGACUUGUUGAGGGAGAUGAUAAACCGGCGAUGGGAUACAUUUAUAAGGCUAUCGACAGGGCAAAAGAACAAAUUCAAGUCAAUUUCAAGAACGUGAGAAGUAGGUAUAUUGUUUACACGGACAUUAUUGAAUUGAGGUGGAACACACAACUUCAUGGACCUCUUCAUGCGGCUGGAUAUUUUCUUAAUCCCAGAUACCAUUGUUCUCCUGAUUUUCAUGCCAAUUUUGAUAUAAAAAAAGUGUUUUAUGAUGUCGUGAAAAGAAUGUGCUCAUCCGCAAAGGAAAGGAUAAAUAUUGAUAAACAAGUAGAGUUGUUUACUAAUGCAGGGGGGAUGUUUGGUCAUGUUAUGGCCAAGGAUACCAGAGAUAAAAAACACCCUGCUUUAUGGUGGAACUCAUACGGAUAUUCAGCUCCAGAACUCCAAAGGGUUGCUGUUCGUGUUCUAAGUUCCACAUGUAGUGCUACCGGAUGCGAGAGAAAUUGGAGCGAAUUCGAGCAGGUACAUACAAAGAGAAGGAAUCGAUUGUCGCAACAAAGACUUAAUGCACUUGUCUAUGUCAAGUACAAUCUCCGACUAAAUGAAAGGUUUACAAAAAGGCAAGAAGAAGGUGACUCUUAUGAUCCAAUAUGUUUGUCUGACAUGGAGUCUGAUGAUGAAUGGAUCACCGAGAAAGAGGAUCCUACUUUAGAAAGAGAUCCUACAUGGAUGGAUGUGCAUGAGUGUUUUGAAAUUACUGAAGCCGAGGCAAAUAAGAAGAAACGGAAAAGAGGACCGAGGAACCUAAGUACAAUGAAACUUGCACAAGGUAAAGGGAGCAGCAAAGGGAAGGAAAUAACAGCUGUGCAUGCAGAUGAAAUUCAAGAAGUUGAAGAGGAUGAUAUAGAAGGAGACUAUAUGGAAGAAAUGGAAGAUUUUGAGAGAAUUGAAACUCCAAAUGCAAGCAGAAAGUGAUACUGAAUGGAUUUAUGAUGAUGGUUGUGAUUUGGGAGCUUGAUGACUGUUUAGAUGAACAUAUUUUGGUGGUUAGUAGUAGUGGGCAAUUGACAUAUAGGUAGUUAUCGCCUUAUCGGCAAAUAUAUUUUGCAUAUGUUUUUGUUUAAGCUUCAGAUACUUUAACAUGAAAACAGAUACUUUUUGGGUAGUUAGAUACGCGAACUGGAAGCAUACUUGUGGAGAUAAUCAAAGGUUAACUUAGAAGGUAUAUUUUGUAAAGUGAAAAAUUGACUGCUACAUCAUGUACGAGUCUGUGAGCUGUGACACUUGACUUGACUAUCAGUUAAUGAAGUUAUUAUUUUGGGGUUCUAUUAUUAUUA